CCUGUUGCCGCAAUGAAGACACGAAAGUGCUGCUGGACGUGCACAGCUCGUAAGAUUCAAUGCGACGGGACUCUGCCAACCUGCAUGAAGUGUGACAGAUCCCAGCGAAAAUGUGAAGGAUACGAGCUUCGAUUGUCGUGGCCGAGGGAAGGCGACAACAAACGAGCGCUGAAGGGUAUUGAAGCACCAGCAGUGACGGCCAUUGAACGGUCGAACCCAAAUGUCGUCAAUCCCUUUUUCGUGAAUGCAACUUCGCAUCACAUGGAAUUGUAUGGCUAUUCGGCCCUGCAGAGCCAUGGCUGCCAUACAACGCCAUCGUUUCCAAGGCUCCUGAGGCAGCCCCAAGUUGGAGUCGGUUCAUCUUCUAUGGAUACAGACCUUUUCCAUCACUUUCAAAACUUUGCCUACAGAUCAUUGGUCACAUUCGGUCAGAAUACCUGGAAAAUUCGAAAUGCGCUGAUGAGCAUGGCCCUAACCAAAAAUUCAAAUUCCGGGCUUGCUCUUCGCAAUGCGUUACUUUCUUAUGCUUCACUACACCGCCAUGGGCUCAAUGAACAAGCCUUGAAGCUAAAGAUACAGGCAAUUCGCUAUCUAUCAACCUCAGUGACCAGCGAGGCCUUGAUCUUGGGGAGAGCGGCUCAGCACGUGGCUGCGUCUAUGGUUCUCGGAGCUUUUGAGAUAAUGCAACCUUUGGAAGGCUCGGGCGAGUGGCUUUUGCACACAUGGGGGGCUGUUGACAUGAUUCAUGCCACUCGACUACAAGACGAACCGCAUGACAGCGACGUUGGUCAAUUGUUGAGCUGGGCUUACUAUCAUGAGACCCAAUCUCGGUUCGCUUUGCACCAUUGGCGCCACAAGUCGUUUAUUCCUCCGAAAUCAGUCAAGCAGAAUGCAGUACUUCAGAAUCCCCAGUAUCCCCCUUUAACGAGAUAUAGACCCAAUAUACCGCCCGUGAAUCCGACUUAUGCGAUUCUCAAUUUGCUUUCCGAGGUUUGCGACACGCUGAUAGAUCCUCGAGAUCCUCGAAGUCAGGACGAAAGUUACCAGAAUCAGCUCAAGGACCUUGGUGGAAGAGUCCGAGAUAUCUCUGUCAAACCAGCCAUCCCAUCGGCUUCAGAUCCGGAGGCCGCCUUCGCUAUCGAACUGUACCAGAUGGCAACACAGAUCUAUCUUGUGCGAGCCUCACAAAGCCCAUGGGAACCCCCUGCGGACCUCGACGCUCUGGUGGAGGCGGCUUUUGCGGGACCUGUUCAGUCAUGCACCUGCGAACACUUCUUUCCUCUACUGAUUCUUGCUUGCGAGGCACGAUGUGACGAACAGAGGAUCGGCAUCAUCAACUUAAUCGAAAGAACCCAAAGAGAUAUUCGAAUACGAAGCAUUCAAGCAGUCAAGAAUACGAUACAGUCCAUCUGGGUGCAGCAGGAUCUGCACAAGGAUGACGAUGUGUUGGUGGACUAUCUUGGCACUUUGAGUUCGGCGAUCAGCUCCAGCAAUACUGUACCAUCAUUCGCAUAG